AGUGAGCAAAUGUACUUACUCGACAGUCUGGUCCAAGAAACAUUGCUGUAAAAUCCUCAGGAUUAUAGUUCAGUGGAAUACAGUAGAAUAUUACACUUCCAUCGGAAUGGCUGACAGGAUGUCUGGAGGAGAGGUGGCCUACACAGUGCUGGAGGUGCUGAUCGCUGUUGCCUGCUGUCUGGGCAAUGUGCUAGUGAUCUCGGCAGUGUGGUUGAGCAGCUCUCUACGGCAGCCCACCUUCUGCUUUAUGGUUUCUCUGGCUGUGGCAGACUUCCUUGUGGGUUCUGUGGCUGUGCCAGCAGCUAUACUGGUAGAUGGAAGAGUGCAGAUUUCAUUCAAUGUCUGUCUCUUCAUAAGCUGUGUGGAAAUUUUGUUGACAUUGGCCUCUGUACUGUUUCUACUAGCCAUCUGUGUGGACCGAUAUCUACGAGUCUUCAUCCCUCUCAGGUACAAGAGGACAGUAACAGAGAGGAGAUCUUGGGUGGUGGUAGCAAUAUGUUGGUUUGUUGCCUUCAUGUUGAGCUUCCCACCCAUGUUUGGGUGGUACAACCAUGACACCUUGUCUCACUCAGGGAACUCAACCACCAUCAUUUGCCGUUUCCUGGCUGUGAUUCCCAUGUCAUACAUCGUAUACUUCAAUUUCUUCCUCUGCACCCUCACACCGUUGCUUAUCAUGACUGUCCUGUACUGCUACAUAUUCUGUAUGAUCCGGAAGAACCUGAAGGGGAGGACGGGUAGCGGUGCCCAGUCCCACAUCUACUUCAGGAAGGAGAGGAGCCUGGCCCGAUCCCUGACUCUGGUUCUGGUACUCUUCGCCUUUUGCUGGCUCCCUCUACACUUCAUGAACUGUGUUGCCUACUUUGGUAACCCAUCAGACAUACCCCAACAGGCCUUCUAUGUGGGCAUCCUCCUCUCCCAUGGCAAUUCAGCUGUCAACCCGAUCGUGUAUGCCUUCAAGAUCCGCAAGAUCCAGGAAGCAUACCUGAGGAUAUGGAGGAAGUUUGUGUACCGAGGUGACAACCAGACCACUGAGAAGAACACCAGCAGUAAUCCUAGGGUAGCCAGGAAUGACUGAUGCAGGGGAGUUCAUCAUUGAGUGAGUGAGGGACAGUUAGUGGCAUGUAUAGAGUGUGGUAAGAAGUUAUAGUUCCAGGGUUUUAUUCUCAGAUACUUUGAAAAGGGUCAUUGUAGGGAUGCAAAGCAAUUUAGAAUGUGGUAUAUAUCUCAAAUGUGUCUUUAUGCAUUGUGUUAUCAGUAUAAUAUACGCAUGUGUAGAUCAGGUAGAGCUAAUGUCAAAGUAUUUUACUUUAGCAUUGCUCAACGGAGUUGUCAUAUCACAGCAAAUUGCAUUUGUUGCGAAUGAAACUGAUGGUGAAAAUAGAAAGCGUAGUGGGUGUUUAAUUUCAUUGAUACAUUUCCUUUGUCUAAAUGCCACUUCCUCAAUCCAAAAGUUUGUCGUUUUUAUAAUUGUUACCUUCUGUAUGUAUACAGUUCUUUCCCAGAAUUGGAAAUAAGAUCUCAAUGAAGAGGCACUUCCCUAA